AUGGAAAACCUCACCAUCUCCGAUGCCCCUCCCCAGGGGGCCCAGCCCGUUCUCGGCGGCCGCGCGCCGCCGCCUCAGCAGACCCCUCAGCUGCCGCCUCAGAUGUUCACCACUGCGGCGCAGCUGCUGGACAUGACCGACAAGAAGCUCAUGGUCGCGCUCCGCGACGGGCGCAAACUGAUAGGCGUCCUCCGCAGUUGGGACCAGUUCGGUAUGUACACCAUGCAUGCACGAUACCGCCACCCAGUCAUGGCGCGAGGCAAUCUUCUUUCAGUACGAGUAUCCGGACGGCUGACCAGGCGGUCUCCAGCAAACCUCGUCCUUCAGGACACCGUCGAGCGCGUCUAUGCCUACCCGGAUCUGGAGGCCAAUCCUCCCCGCGAGGGCGGGAUGUUCGCAGACAUCAAGCGCGGCAUCUUCCUCGUGCGCGGCGAGAACGUGCUCCUUCUAGGCGAGAUCGACCUCGACAAGGACGAUGACCCGCCACCAGGCUACGAGCCCGCCGACCUCAAGCUCGUGCAGGGCCUGGCGGCCGAGAGGAAGGACAAGGACAAGGCGCGUGACAAGGGACGGAUCAAGAAGCUGAGCACGCUCGGCUUCGAGGGCGAGAACAUGGGCGAGAUCUUGCUCUGA